AUGGUGAGACUUGGAUCUACUUUUGAACAGGGAACGAUAGUUAGGAGGAGCAAUAGAAUUGCUGAAAGAAGAAGAGUUACAAAUCUUGACCAACAAGAAGAAAUAGUAGGAGAAAAUCAAGAAAACGAACUCCAAAAUGGACCUCAGCCUGAACAAGAGCGGAAUGAUGAUAUUAACCAUGACAUAGUGAGUGUUCAUACAUCGCAAACAAGUUAUACUGAAGAGGAAACAAUAAUAACUGGAGAUCCAGGAAGAAUUGAUGGAAAUGAUGAGGAUAUGACAAUCGCAGAACUCAGACAACGAUUGAUUGAAGAACGUAGAAGAGACGAUGAAGAGCGUGCGAAUUUGAUUCGUCAAAAUGAUGAUCUAAGAGAACAAAAUCUUAGAUUGCAAGAACAACGACCAAGAAGUGCUACACGAUCACGAUCAAGGUCAACCAGAAGUACAUCAAGGCAAAGUCAAUCUAAUCGUGGGAAUGAUAGGCGAAGAGAUCGCAUGGAAGCUAUUGAAGAAAACUCGCAGGAGGAGAAUAAUUCACAAGAUCAACAAAAAAUAAGAAGAGCAAUUCAAGAUCUGAGAACGAAUCGAUACAAAAAUCCACGUGAACUUCUUCGUCGCACCCAUCACAAUCUUGAAAGAGAAAUAGAGGAUCCAAGAUAA